AUGAUCGAUAAGUCAGAGUAUUUAAAUAUUUAGAAGAGCAAAAAUCCCUUUGAACAAGAAGAGGAAAAUGAAGUUUUAUUUAACAAAACAGUUUCUAGGGCCAACAUAUUAAAACAAAAUGUAGAAACUAUUAUUGUUUCUGAGAGGAAGAAGGAAGAAUAAGAAUAGGAACAAAUAAUAAAUUAGAUUAUUGAAAUAGAAGAUUUCAUUGAGCACAACCCAUAAAUGGUUAACUAUAGAAAGGGAAUCAAAAAGAAAAUAUUACUCUUCUCCAUCUUUAUUUUGAUUUUAAUUGCUGAAAGAAUUCUAUACACAAGUUUGCUUGAUGAAGAGCAAACUUUAAUUUAGGAUAUCUAAAAAGGAUUAGACUUAUCUUCAAUAAGCUCUGAAUAGAACUAUGCAGAAUUUUCAAAUAGCUAUUUCUGGAAAAUAGUCAGCUUCGGAGUCGGUUUUCAUAAUAGCUUCUUGUUAAGUACUUAAUUUAUUGCUACUGUUUAUGUUUCUGUGAGUGAUUUCGUUGGAAUCAAGUUAAUUUUUACCACUUUGCUUGGAUUAUAUUUCAUAGGUGUCCUUCAAAUGUUCUACAACGGACCUUUACCCUUUUGGACAUCAGAUUAGAUUUCUUCUCCAUAUUGUGUGUAAACCAGUGCUCAUCCCUCUCGUUUCGUCUUUACAGUGCUUUACAUUUCAUAUUAUUUCCUUUACUGCUUAAGAUUUAGAGUGUAAAGAAAUAAACGUAAAUCAGAAAGUGAAAAGUAGAAUUUAUACAAGAAAAUAAGAAUAAUCCAAAUUGUCUUGGCUCUCUUGCUAGUUCCUUAUUUAUUUUUAGUCUACUUAAGCGGACUUUAAUUUAUUAUUAAUGUGGCUCUUGGCUUCAUUAUGUUUUACUUUUACUACACAGUCAUACGCUAGUCUAAUUUGUUCAUCAGUGAAACGUUAGCUAAAGUAUCCAUAAAUACUGAAUAAGCAAAGAGGAAUAUUUUUAACUGGUUUAUUAUUUUCAUAGUGAUGAUAUUUGCUGCUUAUGUUGUAUUGCUUGGAACUGAUACUUAUGUAGACAUAAAAUGGAUUGGAAACUAUCUAAACUGCACGUAAAAUAAUUCUAACUUUUUCUUGAACAGCCAGUUGGUAGGUCCUUAUCAUACAUUUUCUGUCAUCACAGUGCUAGGUGGAUUAGCAGGUGCUAUAUUUGGGUUAAAUCACACAUAUAAUCACUUAAAAUAGAAUUGUGUAAAAACAUGGUACAAAGGAACGAUUUUAAAGAGGUUUUUGAGAGGAUUGAUAGUUAAUAUUUUUAUGAUACCUUCUUGGGUUUUAAAUUACUAUUAAAACUCGUUACUUAAAAGCGACUUUGUGAUAAAUUUGGGAUUCAGUGAAUUCAUCAUCGAUAUAUUGCAUUACUUUUUCUUGUAUCUUCUAUUGUUCGGAUUCAUUCCUGUAUAUCUAUACUAGCCUUUCAAGCUUGUACAUAUUAAAAAAUAAAAGCAAAAAGAUAGGUCCAUCACAUUUUUACAAUAAUCUAUGUAAGAGUGA